AUGGCGGUCUCGGGCUCCUCCUCGCCGUCGUCCCCCAAGCGCCGGCGACUGCUCGCGGAGGAGGCGCCGCCGCCGCCGUCGCAGGAGGGGACGACGGACAAGCUGAUGUCCCUCCCCAACGAGAUCCUCGACAUUAUUCUCGCGCGGGUCCCCUUCGAGAGGCUGGUCCGCUUCGGCUGCCUCUCCCGCGCGUGGCGCCGCCGCUGGGAAUCCGUCCCCGAACUCCGCGUCGAGCUGCCCCCGCGGCUCUCCUCCGCCCGCGCCCUCUGGCGGUGCGCGGCGCCGGUCCGCAGCUUCCGCGGCCGCUUCAGCCACCUCCUCGGCACCACUACCUCCCGCUGGCUCCGCGCCCUGGCUCGCAAGCGCGUCCAGGAGCUCACCCUCCAGUUUGAGAACAUCCCCUGGUUACUACUCCCCAAGCGAGACGUCGUCCUCGGCCCCGCCUUCUUCUCCUGCGACUCGCUCGUUCAUCUCCACCUCCAGAACUGCCGCAUGCCGCCCUCGCAAUCGGGAUUCCCGGGCUUCCCCAAACUCGCCUCGCUAACCCUCGUUGAUGUCGCUCUCCUGUUCAAGGGCGGCGGCGUGCAGCUCCAGCACCUGAUCGCUGCGGCGCCAGACCUCGUUGUGCUUAAAUUGGAGGACGUAGUCGCCCAAGCCUCGGCCGACCGCUUCGCCGUUGAAGAGUUUGUUAUUCGGGCGCCCAAACUUAGAAAUCUCUCGCUCACCUUCUUUUCUCUCUGCGAAGACAACGGCUGCCGGAUUGCGCAGGAACUCCCGUUGCUGGAGGAGGCGUCCAUCUCAAUUGAUUGCCUCGUCGGGAGUUUCGGUCCCCAGGACUUCCUCGAUAUUUUCAGACCAAUUGCUGCUGUCAAUACACUUUGGUUCGACGCAAAGGCAACCUCGUGUACUGUAAAUCCAUUGGAGGGGAUUACAUGGAGGUUUGAGAAUCUGAGGAAGGCGUCCCUGAGAGUUACCUUUUGCAGACUCCCAAGCUUUAUGGCGAUAGUUUCUUUACUGAGAUGUGCUCCUCACAUUGAAGACCUUGAUAUUGAGACAUGUGAUACUAAACGGUCCACAAAUGAAGUUGAAAUUGAUGAAGAUUUUCUAAAUUCGGAGAUACAGGAUGACUUGAUUUCAGGCCUCAAAUGUGUGUCUCUGAGUGGUGCCAAGUACUUGUCAAAUCAGAUGUGCUUUAUGAAGUUUAUACUGUCCAAAGCAGGAUCUCUUCAAUCAUUUGUUGUCACUUUCGACUACCCUGAAAGAAGCAGACGGUAUAAAAAGGCAUGUAAAGAGUUAGCAGAAUGCCAAAUAGCAUCGCCCCAAGUUAUAGUCAGACAAAAUUUUACUGAUGACAAAAUUCAGCAACAGAUGUGUCAGCAACGGAUGAUGACCCUUAAGUAAUAUUUUUUCUGUUGUACAAACAGCUGCUAUUGCUCCUUCUCGCAGCAGAAUGCCUCCUAAUUCAAUCUAUCAGUGAAUGAUUUUAGAGUUGAUUGAGAUGAACAGUUCCAUCAAAGUAUGAUUGGACUUGUUAUGGAACACUACAGAUUCGGGAUAAGGUGGUAUAGAGGAUGGUAUUUUUGAAUGACUGGCUGAUCCAGUAUGAUACUCAUCAAAGGGAGUUGUGAAUGUACCUAACUAGAAAUGUAUCUCUCUUUUUCCCUUGAUCAUACAAACCUAGCUCUAGCCUCUUGAUGGAAAUGUUGUCAAUGUAUUUUAGAGUCUAUUAAGGAUGUUGCAAUAGUCAGCUUUCAUGUCUGUCGUUUUGAUUAUAAAUCAAACGGCUGCAUUUCAAAUUGCAUAACUAAAUGUUGUCAACAGCCAGGGUUCAGAAUUUGGUGAGUUUUUUUUAAAUCUUGUGGCAAUUGGAGACGUCAGUGUGCUACUUCAAAUCACCGCAUGGCUUUCUUUGCUGGGUUGAUGUAUCCUCCUGAGUCCUGAUUCACUUUUAUGUAUAGCCUCUUGACUCAAAAUAUGAAAAUAUAAC